CCCGCGUCAGCUGGACGCGUCAGGGCAGUGCAUCGAAGUGGAAGCUUCCGCCCCGGCCGCGGUAAACGCGAACCUCUAACCUUCCACUCUGCACAACAACCUGAAGACACUCGCCAGAGGCAGGGCAGCUCACCACCUCCAGCCUCGACAUUCUGCAUGCGAUGAACACAAACGCAAAGGGCGGCUAGAAUCCAGAUUCUUCGAGGCGAGCAGUGCCGUUGCGCGACUCGCAUUCCACUCAACAUGCCAUGACCGACUCCGGGGCCCAGGGUCAGCCAGCCCCCGAGCUCUACCCCCAGUACUGCUUCCACCUCUCGCCGACCAUCAACAAGUGGUGUCAUUUACGAGCCGCCGAUAUUGCCGCCCUGUCGAGCCAUCCAGGGUUUCAAGGCCAAGACCUCUACUUCCACCUCAACCACCCCAUCAAAUGGGUUCGCAUCUGCGGCAUCGUCGUCGCCAUCGACGUCUACGGUGACUCCUCCUCACGCAAGGGACAGAUACAAGUAAUCACCAUCGACGACAGCAGCGGACACACCAUCGAAUGCGUUAUCCCGCUUCCUCCUCCUCCUGCCAAUUCUGCUCCCACCGUCCCUCCUCCAGGUCAACAACAACCCGCCUCACCCCUCCCAAUCAUCGACUCCGAAAUAGACAUAGGCCAUACCCUAGACAUCAAAGGCUCCCUGCGCACCUUCCGCGAGCAGCGACAAGUCAAAGUCGAAAAAAUUGUCCAUCUAAAAACCACAGAGCAGGAAGUAGCGUUUUGGGAGAGGGUGGUGCAAUUGCGUCAAGAGGUUUUGGAUAGGCCGUGGAGGCUGGAGGAGAAGGUGGUGAGGAGGUUGAGGAGGGAGGCGAUGGGGGUUGAUGAGAGGGAUGCGAAGAGGGAGAGGGAGAAGGAGGAGAGGAGGAGGGAGAGGAAGAGGAGGAGGAGGUUGGAGGAGGAGAGGAUGAGGUUGGAUGAAGAGGGGAGGGCGAGGGGAGAGGGUGAUGGAGCGGGGCAGGAGAAACGACAAGAAAAGGAAAGGAAGGCUGCUUUUGCUUCUGAACAUGUGGCAAAGACGCAGGCACAAGUGGUGAUUCCGACGAGGACGAAGAGGAACGUCACGGGCUUGGAAAGAAAGGUCGUGUCGAGGGCGCCGAUACCGCCGAGACCCAAGGAGCCUACGGGCCUGGAAAGAAAGACCAAGUCGGUUAGCAGUGACAGGGUGGUUCCUGUAACUGGUAAGUAUACGGCUCUUGGAUUGUGACAGCUGGAAAAUUGGAAGGAAGGAACGAAGGAGGGAAGGGUCGGAUGUAUUCUUCAGGGGAUCAUCACUGCAGACAUUUUACUAUCGUGUGGCACUACGAUAUGGGAAGGUCCAAUGCAGUCUCGUCGCCCCUCUUUUUCGUAA